UUAUCAGCAGUCUUUUAUCAGUUGUUUUGCUGCUGUAGCAAACGAGGAAGUAAGACCAGUCGAGAGUAAGGAAAAUAAGACUCGCAGGUUUAUCUUUCGCUGUUCCAACUGUCAUGUGGGAUUGAGAAACUCGAUGCGACCGUUUACAUUAUAAUAUGAAGUCAUCACCAACCAAUAGCGAACUAACAUGUCAUCUUAUUCAAUAAAGUCAGGUAUUUUUUUCUUGGCGGUCUUGGGAGAAAAGAAUAUUGUGUUGACAUACUCGUCGGACUUGCUUUGAAGCACGCAGUCUAAUUCUCCACAGAAUUGUUUCCUCGCGUCUAAAUCCCGCUCUAUACCGUACAAGACUGAAGACUACAGAUAAUGAUGACCAAGAGAUCGUUUCUCCUUUUCGUGCUGCUUGCGAUUCUUGCAAGGCGAACUUCAGGACAUGCAGAAAGAGCCCGUCAAAAGAGGAUGGUUAACGUCAUGGACGCUUUUUCCCAAGAUAUCAAUAAAUGUCUGUUCCAGUACUGGACUCCUUAUGUUGGAAAAAAGAACUCACAUCCCGGCCUAAGUACAUCGGUAAAAUGUAAAGGAAGAGGACUUUGUUAUGGUCUCGAUCAAAAUGAGAUUGCACAAUAUGGUGCUUGCUACGAUCAAGUGACUCUUAUUCCAGUGUUCACGGGACACAUUGUCCAUCCUAACAUUGGAGAAGGAGGUGGAGGAAGAGAAGACACCUUUAGAGCAGACACUACAAUUGAUCCAGUAGCAACUGACGAUGACUAUAAGGCAAGCCAGAUGAAUCUGUAUGCAAACUACGACAUGGCAAAGCAACAAUUCUUUGCCCGUGGACACUUAACUCCGAACGCAGAUUUUUUUACUUAACAGGGGAGAGCUUUCACUAUGAUCUGAACAACAAACAUUGCCCCACAGUGGCAACUUUUUAAUGCUGGUAACUGGAAUAACCUGGAAAAAGCUAUACGACGAUACGCGACCAAUACCGAUCAUGCCCUGUAUGUGUUCACUGGUACAGGUGGUACAGCAAAACCCUUUGACGGUGACAUCAAGUUAAAUGAACGGGUCCUGGUACCGAAAUGGUACUGGAAGGCCGUAUGCGAUCCAGUUGAGAAGCAGUCUGUUUUCUUUCUGGGCGAAAACACCAACGUUGACGCAGGCAACCAAAAACAAGUUCGAGGGUGCUUUGGUAUAAAACAACAAAAGAGAUUUGGAGUAAUAAAAUGCUUUAGUCUGACGGACGCAAAAAAGGAGUACGAGAUGUUUCAAAUUCCGGAGUUUCACGAGAAGAACUGUGUUCCUUCUAAGAUAGGGGAAAACUUUUAUUCUGUUCUGAAAGAAAAGCUGGUUUGAAAAACUGUUCGCAAAGAAACAAAUUUGGUAAGAAUUGUAUACCAUCGGUGAAGGUUAACUUGACCAAUACAAUCAUAAACUGUGUCUUGUUACUUACAUGAGCAUCGCAAAUGAAUAUUAUCAUUGCCUCCUCGAUAAUCGAAGUGUGGGAUCACGGAACGAGCGUGACAAACGAUGUUUUUACGAUAACUGCAGAAAUUCCUACGCGCUCAUUGGCUAAUUUUCAUUAUUAUCAAUAUACGCGGC